AUGAACGUUACGCUAUUACAAGACGCAUAUUUACAGCGUACCGGUGCUCACAUACAGCCCGAAGAAAUUAAUCUUUCCGUGGCCAAUGCUCUAAGAUUUGUUAUACAAAAUGUAUUUGCUAAUAUAACAAAUGCUUUCGUGAUUACCAUAUCGGUACCGGGAGGACCAAUAGAAUUUUGGUUUCAUGAUAUAAUGAGCAAACUUUUCGCAACAUGGGGCUUUAUGGCAGUACAACUGGUGGUGCAAAAUCAUAAGAUCAAGCGUAUUGAAGUAGCAGGGAAACGCUAUUGUAAUAUGAUUGUAAUAGAUUCGUUUAAAAGUCUAGAGAAGACUUAUAUAGCGGAAUAUAAUCAAAAUUCUGAUAGUUUGGAAUAUUACUUUAUUUUCCUACAAACUGUGGAUAGUCGUAUUCCACAAGAAAUGAAAAAGAUUUUAAGAUAUUGUUUUGACAACUAUUGGAUACAUUGCAAUGUUAUGAUACAGAACACUAAACCCCAAAUAAUUAAUCAGUUCAAAGGAAAUCGUUUCAUAAAUGAAGUAAUGUUUCCGAAUAAGUUAAUAAAUAUGCACAAAUGUCCGUUGAAAGUAACAACUUGGGAGGCCCCACCAUUUGUGAUCAACAGUACAAGUCCAUAUUACCCAGUACAUGAUAUAUCUGGUUUUGAGUUUACCAUGAUAGUGGCCAUAAGUCGUGCUAUUAAUUUUUCCUUAGAUAUUGAUGUGAUUUCAAUAGAUACUUAUUACAAAAAUGAAACUCCUUUAAGUGGUCCCUUAAAUAAGCUUAUAAAUCGUGUAACUAACAUUACCAUGGGUUAUUUUAGACGUAUGGCGCAAAUAGAUCAAAUUGCCACACCCAGUUAUGUUACCUACUAUCUGCCCCUGGUAGCGGUAAUCUUACGUCAAGAAACUAAAUUUGAAUCUAUAGGUAUAUUCACAUUUCCAUUUGAUAAACUAACCUGGGGUCUAAUACUAUUCGUUUAUGGCUUAGUAUUACUAUUGAAUACACUUAAUACCCAGGAACGUAGAGUAGAUAAUUUUCAGAUAUAUGAAGUGCUUAUUGGAAUGCCGAUAAGAAUUAUACCUAAAACCGUUUCGAGAAAAAUACGUUUCCUUACUAUGCUCCUAAGUUCAUUCAUCUUGCGUACUGUUUAUCAAUCUCUACUAUUUCAUCUAUUUCGUACACAUUUCUACAGAGCCCCACCUUUGACUAUCGAAAGUUUAGUCGAUAAUGGCUAUACAGCUGUAAGCUCAGAAAUGUCUUUGUCUUUUAUAUGGAAUGUACCACAAAUCAAUGAUAGAUCUUUGCCCUUAGUGCUAGUAUAUAGUUCAAAUGAACUGUUUCCAUUAGUUUAUUUGGAAAUGCAUCCAAAUGAUAAUUUUGCCGCCAUUUCCGUAGCAGAUAUUGCUGUAUUUUACGCACAGAACUUAUUAACCUUUGGUAGAGUCCUACAAAUUUUACCCAUCAAUGUUAAUGAACAACAAAUUGGUUUCUAUUUCGUAAAGCACUCGUAUUUAGCGGAACAGUUUAAUACAUAUAUUUUAUAUUUUCAACAAGCUGGACUUUUACAGAAGUGGAAGGAUUGGUCUCAAAUGAAUUUUAUAAACGAAGAUAAGCGCAGUUCUACAAUGUAUGAAAAUGCAUUGAUGGUUAAUUUGAAGCAAUUGACAUAA